UUGGAUAUGAUACAAAAUUUGCUUAAUUUGUAUCUCCCCUAUCUAGAAUAUGUUAAAAAUAGACCGGAAUUUUAUUUAUAAUUUUUAAUACACUUUAUUGUUUUCAUAUAUUGUCUAAUCGAACUUCAUCAAUCUCAAUAAUUUUUAAUUAUAAAUAAACCAAUGAUUAAAACUCAACAUCAAAAAUUAAAAUAAUUAAUUUUUUUACUUUUUUUUUAUAACCAACAUAAACGAGUAAAAAUGCAAGACGAUUCGUUUUUAGAAGAAAUGAAUUUAGUGCCCGUAGCAGCACGAAAAUCCGGAGCUAUGGUUAAUCAUGAAGAGAAAUACAACAAUAUAACAGUACGUAUUUUACAAUCACCGUCUGAUAACGUUUGUUCAGAAACAGAAGAUCUUGAAGCUGUUCUCCGACAGCAAAGACAGUCAACAGUUACUCCAACAGUGACUUUGAAAGCAUCAAGUAGAAGAUCUAUCGAAACCUUAUCGCCAAUCCUUCCUGUUUCUGAUUCACAUUCAAAACGUAAAGAUGAUUUGAGAGACAAAAUAUCUCCGAGUAUAAAAAAACAACUUAAAGAUAAAGAUUUUAAAAAUUCGUCACCUAUGAACAUUAAUAAAACUACUGAUAAAAAAACGAAAGAUGAUAAAUUGAAGCCGGUUGAAAACAUCGAGCGUUCUAUGGAUACUCUAAAGGUCAAUUCAAUAUCAAAAAGUCGUACAAGAGCAACUGGGUCCAAGGACAGCAGACUAUCUGAUGGUUCCUGCAAAGAAAAUAGCAAGCCAGAUUUGUCUGAAGAUCUGAGUAAUGAUGGAGGAAAGGAGUGGCGACAUAUAACAACAGAUUCAAUAAAAAAUAAGGAACAUUCUGAUGAUUAUGAGGCCCUUGCUAUGCUGCCAGUUAUCAAAGAUAUUGUUAGUCAAUAUACGAAAAUAGAAAGUGCCAAAGUUAUGACGGCAAUGAAGGUGGAAAGUUUCAAGAUUAUGAAAAUGAUGCAAGAUCUUUAUCUCAACUCCCAAUCUACUCUUAUAAAACAAUUAAUACUUUUUUCCGAGGAGAUACAAGACACUAGGCCUGUGAGUGACAAUUCACGGCUGCAUUAUUUAAUUCAAGAGAACAACCGUUUGCUUGAAACCAUCGAGGUUUUGAAUUCUCGCGUGGAUGAGUUGAAAAAAAAAGCUGAUACUCUCGAUGAUAUUCGUAAAGAAAAUAAAGCGCUUAAAUUAAAAAUAAAAGAGCUUGAAAAAUAAUGUACCAGAAAGUUGAAACUUUUUUUGCGCAACGAAAAAAAAAUGGAAAGUAGAAUUCUACUAGAUGAAUUUAUGAAAUUUUUCACAUAUUGAUGCUGGUCAUAAAUUUUUUAAUUUUUCGUUGCGGAAAAAACUUUGAUCUUCAGGUACGUGAAAAAUAAUUAUUUAUUUUUAUUUAUUUUGUAAGGAUUUAAAAUUUCUUAAUACUCGCAUGUAUAAAUUUUUUUUCAUUAAAUAAUUAAUUAUAAAAAAUAAUGUGAUAUGAUACCUUUUU